AUGGCAAAGUUCUCCGAUGUUAAAGAAAGUGUUCUCAUGACGGCCACACUUAAGCCAGCAUCUCUUGAUGACGCCACAGCAAUAUCAGAACUCGCAACCCAUGUCUUCACGGUCACAUUCGGCCAUUCAGUCGAGCCGCAUGAGCUCCAAGCGUUUCUAGAGGAGUCGUACAGCCUCGAAGCCAUCACACAAGAUCUCGACGACCCCAACAAAGACACGAUACUCGCUGUCGAUCCUACUGGAGACAUUCUGGGUUUCGCCAUGCUCACCCGAGGCUCAUCAGAGCCAUGUAUUUCAGAUCUCGACGGUACUAUUGAGCUGCAGAGGAUUUACAUGUACCCGAAGGCUCAAGGCACAGGCGCUGCAAAACUUUUGGCAGACAGACUAGAGUACAUGGCUAGGGAACAAGGGUUUAAGCACAUUUGGUUGGGCGUUUGGGAAGAGAACCUCCGGGCGCAAAAGGCGUACGGGAAAUGGGGGUAUGAGGAAUGCGGUACCCAUGACUUUGCUAUUGGAUCAGUGAUCCAAACUGAUAACAUAAUGGUAAAGAAGCUCUGA